CUUUUCCCCUUCUCUUGUUUUUCUUUCCUUCAUCAAUAUCAUAAAAGUAAACCGUUUUUUUAAUGAAUAAUGGGAACGUUUCAGAGCUUUAGAAAAGCCUAUGGAGCUCUCAAGGACUCUACCAAGGUUGGCCUUGCCAAAGUCAAUAGCGAAUACAAGGAGUUGGAUAUUGCAAUUGUAAAAGCUACCAAUCAUGUGGAAUAUCCUCCCAAGGAACGUCAUGUUCGAAAAAUAUUCUGUGCAACAUUAGCACACCAGCCACGGGCAGAUGUGGCAUACUGCAUUCACAAACUUGCUAAGAGACUUUCAAAGACGCGAAGUUGGAUAGUUGCUAUAAAGACAUUGAUAGUCAUUCAUAGGACUUUGAGAGAGGGUGAUCCUACCUUUAGAGAAGAGAUUCUUAACUACUCACGUAGGGGACAUAUUCUCCAAAUAUCCAAUUUCAAAGAUGAUUCAAGCCCUUUAGCUUGGGAUUGUUCUGCAUGGGUGCGAACUUAUGCACUAUUUUUAGAAGAAAGACUUGAAUGCUUUAGAGUCCUUAAAUAUGACAUAGAAUCCGAGCGUUUAACAAAAGCAUCACCAGUGGUUAAUAAUGUACAUAGCAAAACUCGGUCGUUGGAUAGUGAUGAUCUAUUGGAGCAGCUACCUGCACUACAACAACUUCUAUAUCGCCUUAUUGGUUGUCAACCUGAAGGAUGUGCUUACAGCAAUCAUCUAGUACAAUAUGCGUUGGCCCUGGUUUUGAAAGAGAGUUUCAAAAUAUACUGCACACUCAAUGACGGAAUCAUCAAUCUUGUGGACGUGUUCUUUGAUAUGACAAGACAUGACGCAGUGAAAGCUCUAAACAUUUAUAAAAGAGCUGGCCAACAGGCUGAAAAUCUUGCUGACUUCUAUGAAUACUGCAAAGGCUUGGACCUUACUAGGAAUUUCCAAUUUCCAACACUGAGACAGCCACCUCCCUCUUUCCUUGCAACAAUGGAAGAAUACAUUAAAGAAGCACCACAGACAGGCUAUGUUAAUAAGAAAGUGGAGUAUCAGGAAAAUGAAGAAUCAUCUAAAGAAGAAUCAGAAUCCAAUGAAUCUGCAGAGCCUCAAGCAAAUGAAGAACAAGUUGAAGAAGUCAAUGAGGAAGAGUCAGUGGAAGAGGAAGAAGAACAACCUAAGGAGGAGGAGGUAGAGCCUCCUCCUUUGAUAUCAACUGAUGAUGGUACAAAUGAUUUGCUGGGUCUUAAUGAAAUAAAUCCAAAAGCUAUGGAACUGGAGGAAAGCAAUGCCAUGGCUCUUGCAAUUGUACCACCUGGAAAUAAUCCAAACAAUCUUGCUUUGAGUAACUUUGAUGGGACUACUGGAUGGGAACUUUCACUAGUUACAACAUCAAGUAACCAUUCCAGUCAAGCCCCAGAUCGCAGAUUGGCUGGUGGUUUUGACAAACUAUUACUGGAUAGUCUAUAUGAAGAUGAAAAUGCCAGGAGACAACUCCAACUCCAAAAUGCAGGUUAUGGACAUAGUGGAACAAUGGAUAUACAGAACAACAACCCAUUUGAUCAUUACAACCAACAGGAUCCCUUUGCAAUGUCCAACAACAUAGCACCUCCCCCUAGUGUGCAAAUGGCACUAAUGUCUCAACAACAGCAGCAACAACAAAUGAUGUUCCAACAGCAGCAAAUGAUGUACCAACAAGCACAACAACAGCACAACAACAUGAUGAUGGUCCCUUACCACCAGCAACAACCAUAUAACCAAUACCCUCAACAGAUGUAUAAUUCAAGUUCUCAUAAUCCAUUUGGAGAUCCUUUACCGGUACCAAACUAUAAUCAUAGUUCCAUGCCCCAACAGGGAAAUUACAAUUUAAUGUAAAUCUUGUCUUCUUUGUCAUUUGAUAUCUUCCCCUUUUCCUCACACUCUCACUUUCCACAACAAAAAGAAUGUAUUCUUGUUGGUUAUAGUAGUAUAACAUUUUUUUAUCAUAUUGAAAUUCUUUAAUUAAU